CUCUCUCUCGAUUGCCACCGACCGGUCGUCACUUGCAGCCAUUUUACGCAGGACGAACCCAAUCAUGUCGUGAGGGAAGGCUCGCUGGUCACCUGGGCAGAGCCAGCCGCCGCCGCGCGUCCCGGUGGUCGCAGACAGGCAGGGGCGGGCAGGUCCGGCCAAAAUGGUGAAGAGGAAGAGCCUGGACGAGAACGAGCCGGAGUGCGGGAAAGGAAUACCGUUCCCCAUCCAGACCUUCCUAUGGAGGCAAACCAGUGCAUUUCUGCGUCCAAAGUUGGGCAAACAGUAUGAAGCAUCUUGUGUGUCCUUUGAGCGGGUGCUGGUGGAGAAUAAGCUCCACGGGCUGUCUCCGGCCCUGUCAGAGGCCAUCCAGAGCAUCUCCCGCUGGGAGCUGGUCCAGGCAGCCCUGCCUCAUGUACUCCACUGCACCUCCAUCCUGCUGUCGAACAGGAACAAGCUGGGCCACCAGGACAAGCUGGGCGUGGCCGAGACCAAGCUGCUCCACACGCUGCACUGGAUGCUGUUGGAAGCUGCCCAGGAGUGCAACCACGAACCAAGCCUGGGCCACGGCUGGUCCGGGGGCAGCAGCAGCAGCGCCUUCCUCCAGCCUGUGGGGAACCAGGGAUCAUCCCCAGGGGCCCCGGGCUCUUGCUCCGGCUCUGCCCUAGGAGGGUCAGGCCCCCAGCAUGGCGGUUCCCUGCUGGAGGAGGACGAGCACGCUCGUACCAAGCUGUUCCACAAGAGUAUGGCCACGGUGGAGCUGUUUGUGUUCCUGUUUGCUCCGCUUAUUCAUCGGAUAAAGGAGUCAGACCUGACCUUCAGAUUGGCCAGCGGCCUGGUAAUAUGGCAGCCCAUGUGGGAGCACCGGCAGCCUGACAUCCCUGCCUUUACUGCGCUCAUCAAACCCGUCAGAAACAUUGUUACAGCGAAGAGGAACUCCCCAGUCAACAACCAGUGCAGCCCCUGUGGAUCUGGCAACCCGGGUCCCAUGGGCUUCCAGGUGGUCUGCGAAGCUGCCCAAUCAGAUUCCUCCUCCCCCUCAGCUGGAGAGCAGAGCUGUCGUCGUGGUAACUCGGUCGAGAAAGGUGGCCCUUCCCAACAACCCCUAACGGUCAAAGGCCCUUCCAAGAAAAAGACGUCAGCCCCGGCCGGCAUGCCAGCCUCCCUGUCCCAGCGGGUGCGUUACGCCACUUACUUCGACGUGGCAGUGUUGCGCUGCCUGCUGCAGCCGCACUGGACCGAGGAGGGCGUGCACUGGGCCUUGAUGUUCUACCUGCAGCGCCUGAGGCAGAUCCUGGAGGAGAGACCCGAACGCACCCCAGAACCCUUGGUCACGCCUCUGCCACGGCCACGCAGCAGCUCCAUGGUGGCUGCCACACCUUCACUAGUCAACACCCACAAGACUCAGGACAUGAGUCUUAAAUGCAAUGAAGAGGGGAAAUCACUUAGCUCAGAGACUUUUGCGAAGGUUUCUCUGACCAAUCUCCGUCGACAGGCAGUCCCCGACCUCGCCUCUGACCUGGGCAUGAACAUCUUCAAGAAGUUCAAGAACCGGCGUGAGGAUCGUGAAAGAAAGGGCUCCAUCCCCUUCCAUCACACAGGGAAGAAGCGUCAGCGCCGCAUGGGGGUUCCUUUCCUGCUCCACGAGGACCACCUGGACGUCUCCCCCACCCGCAGCACCUUCUCCUUCGGAAGCUUCUCCGGCCUGGGCGACGAUCGGCGGGCCCUGGACCGCGGGGGCUGGCAGGCCACCAUCAUGGGCAAAUUCACACGGAGGGGCAGCACGGACACAGCUGUUGACGCCGACAGCCUGAGCGCCAAACACUCCCAUUCCCACCACUCUCUGCUCAGAGACAUGCCCGACCACUCCAACAGUCACAGCGAUAACACCGUCAAAGAGGUUCGAUCACAGAUCUCCACCAUUACCAUGGCGGCAUUCAACACCACGGUGGCAUCCUUCAACGUCGGCUACGCUGACUUCUUCACCGAACACAUGAAGAAACUCUGCAACCCUGUCGCUGUCCCUGAGAUCCCCGUGGAGCCUCUGGCUUGCACCAACCUGCCACGCAGCUUCACCGACUCCUGCAUCAACUACUCCUGUCUUGAGGAAGGGGAGAACAUUGAAGGGACCAAUAACUUUGUACUGAAGAAUGGCAUGUUGGACCUCACUGCUGUCUUGCGGGCCCUCUAUGCCGUCCUCAGCCACGACAUCAGCUCCAGGAUCUGCGACGUUGCACUCAAUAUCAUCGACUGCCUGUUGCAGCUGGGCGUGGUGCCCGGCAUGGGUAAGAAGCUGUCCAAGCCCGACAACAAGGAGAACCAGGAGGCACGGGCCAAAGAACCGGGGGCGCAGGGCCUUGGAGGAGGCGCCCAGGGAGGUGGGGUGGCCCCGGGGGCAGGAGCAGGGGGAGGGGGAGAUGGAGGCGGAGGCGGAGGCGGGGGGAGGGGGAAGCGGGGAGGGAGUGGGCAGGGGAGCAAGGAUGAUGUGAAGAAUAACAAGGAUAAUGAUAAAAAGGAAGAGGGCUCCAGCUUCAGCCCCCACCGCCUGGCUCUGACCAUGCUGAUAAAGAUAGUCAAGUCUCUGGGCUGUGCCUAUGGCUGUGGCGAGGGACACCGGGGACUGUCCGGGGAUCGCCUCAGGAUGCAGGCUCAGAACUGCCUCACCAGCCUUUACAAGCUGGACAAGCUGCAGUUUCGACAGACAAUGCGCGAGUACGUCAACAAGGACUCUCUUAAUAACAUCGUGGACUUCCUGCAUGCGCUGCUGGGCUUCUGCAUGGAGCCCAUUACUGACAAGUACGGCAGUGCAGGUGAGAGGUCCAGGAGGGCGAAAAAAAGAAACAUCGACAAGGCGGGCUUCGGGAACAACUUCACCACAGGGGACAACAAGUCCGUGGCCCAGACUAUGGAGGCGGUGGUGGUGGGCUGCAUGUUCAAGUCCCUCAUCACCCGCUGCGCCUCGACCACGCACGAGCUGCACAGCCCAGAGAACCUGGGUCUGUACUGUGACAUCCGCCAGCUGGUGCAGUUCAUUAAGGAGGCCCACGGAAAUGUGUUCCGCAGGGUGGCACUGAGCGCGCUCCUGGACAGCGCAGAGAAGGUCACCACCACCAAGAAACCUGAAGAGAAGGAAGAGGCCAAACUGCCCGGACCAAGGAGGUCAGAGGCAGGUGUGUCCGGGGAGAAGGGUCAGGUGUCCAGUGCUGCAGAUGAGUGUCGCAGCUACAUCUCCAGUAGACCCCCCCAGACACCCGAACAUGAUGAACACAUCCCGGGUGCUCUGCUUGGCAGGAAGGACUUUUGGAGGAAGAUGUUCAAGUCGCAGAGUGCCGCCAGUGAUACCAGCAGCCAAUCAGAACAGGACACCUCAGAAUGCACCACUGCCCAUUCUGGCACCACCACCGACCGGCGCUCCCGUUCCAGAUCCCGUCGCAUUUCACUUCGGAAGAAACUGAAGCUACCAAUAGGCAACUGGCUCAAGCGUUCCUCCCUUUCUGGGCUGACUGACGGUGUUGAGGACCUGCUGGAUAUCAGCUCAGUGGACCGACUCUCCUUCAUACGUCAGAGUUCAAAGGUGAAGUUCACCAGUGCGGUAAAGCUGUCAGAAGGGGGUGCGGGGGGGCCAGAGUUCGCCAGGGACGAGGAGGAGAAUUUCUUCAAGCGGCUUGGUAAAUGGAGGUCUGGCAGGAGGAAUCCAUCCAAGCUUCACCACACAGAAGAGAAAGAUGGACCCCACGGUUUCCAAGAGCGUCUAGCAGCCAGUCAGGAGGCCAUGAAGAACAAGAAUGUAGUGAAUUUGGGCGCCAUUCGUCAGGGCAUGAAACGCUUCCAGUUCCUCCUGAACUGCUGCGAGCCGGGAACCAUACCUGACGCCUCCAUCCUCGCUGCUGCUCUGGACCUGGAAGCUCCAGUUGUGGCCCGGGCCUCCCUCUUCCUUGAGUGCGCCCGAUUUGUCCAUCGCUGCAACCGUGGCAACUGGCCAGAGUGGAUGAAGGGCCACCAUGUAAAUAUCACCAAGAGAGGCCUGUCCAGGGGCCGAUCACCUAUCGUGGGUAACAAAAGAAACCAGAAACUCCAGUGGAACGCAGCCAAACAUUUCUGCCAGUGGGGAGACGCCAUCGGCACAAGGCUCAGUGAACUCUGUCACUGUGACAGCGAGAGCCCUGCGAACAUCCUGGGUUACAUUUUUGAUGAAGAGACCAAACGGAGAAUGAGAAAAGAAGACGAGGAAGAGGACUAUUUAGAUGACAACACAGUGAAUCCUACGAAAUGUGGCUGCCCCUUUGCUCUAAAGAUGGCUGCCUGCCAGCUGUUAUUGGAAAUCACCACUUUCUUGCGAGAGACCUUUCCCUGCCUACCCCGCCCCCGCACUGAACCACUUGUGGAUCUGGACAGCUGCCGCAUGCGUCUGGACCCGGAGCUCGGCCGCCAUCGCUAUGAGAGGAAGAUCAGCUUUGCGGGCAUCCUUGAUGAUGAGGAUGGACACGAUUCGCUCAACAGCAGCAGCCAUACGCUGAAGUCAGACACCACCUGCGAUGACAAGAAGACCCAGGAAGCUCAAGACGAUCUCUUCCCACUUCCCUCUUCUCCAGCGCCAAUCCGUAAGAUUCGUAUCGGAGGCUCCCGGCUGCUUCAGAUCAAAGGGGCUCGCAGUUUCCGGGUAAAGAAGGGUGGCUCCUUGUCCUCCAUACGCCGGGCCGGGAGCCUCAAGAGCACCAAGCUGUCCCGGCAGGACUCUGAGUCAGAGAACGACGAAGGGCUGCUAUCACAAACACAAAGCAGGGACACUGUUACUGACAUAGGCAGUCCCUUUAGCACCAGUGAACCCAGCAUAGAACCAGAGGGCCAGGGCUCAGGAGGAGCAGAGGACAACUACCACCGCAACAUGUCCUGGCUCCAUAUUAUGAUCCUACUGUGCAACCAGCAGAGUUUCAUCUGCACCCAUAUAGACUUCUGCCACCCACGCUGCUACCAGCACCACAGCCGCUCCUGUGCCCGUCUGGUACGCGCUAUCAAGCUUGUGUAUGGUGAGACGGUGGACAGCCUGAGAGAGGACAGCGCCUCCUCUGGUUACACUGGGGCACGUGCCAAGAAGAGUAAAGAGUGUUCAGACAAGUCUUGCCUGAGGACCCCGUCUAUGAAGAGAAGACCCAAUGACUCCACCACAGAAGGGAAGAAGGAUACUGGCAUGCUCAAGUACAUCCGAAACCAGGUGAUGAGCUUGUCGCCAGCUCCUCUUUCGCUGCUGAUCAAGGCAGCUCCCAUCUUGACUGACGACAUGUAUGGAGACGUCCAGCCUGCAGCCUGGGAGCUCUUGCUCAGUGUGGACGAACAUAUGGCCGCUGCUGCGGCUGCCAUGUUCCUUCUGUGUGCGGUAAAGGUCCCCGACGCGGUGACCGAAAUGAUGAUGGCGGAGUUCCAUCACCAGGAGGCCUGCCAGCGCAUCAACUCUGUCCUGAAGUUUUACACGCUGUGGCGUUUCCGCUACCAGGUGUGGCCUCGCAUGGAGGAAGGAGCCCAGCAGAUCUUUAAGAUCCCUCCACCCAGCAUCAACUUCACCCUGCCAUCUCCAAUACUGGGCAUGCCCUGUGUCCCCAUAUUUGACCCCCCCUGGGUGCCUCAGAACACAGGCAGCGUUCAGGACCCAAUCAAUGAAGACCAGUCUAAAUCCUUCUCGGCGCGGGCAGUGUCGCGCUCCCACCAGCGAGCCGAGCACAUCCUGAAGAACCUGCAGCAGGAGGAAGAGAAGAGGCGUCUGGGCCGCGAGGCCAGCAUCAUCACGGCCAUCCCCGUGGCUCAGGAGGCCUGCUACGAGCCCACGUGCAGCCCCCCGCCUGAGCAGGAGGAAGAAGCAGAAGAAGUGGUGAACCUGGCAUCACGCCGUCUGUCCGUCAGCCCAUCCUGCGCCUCCAGUAACUCCCACAGGAACUACUCUUUCCGUCGGGGCUCUGUGUGGUCUGUCCGCUCAUUGGCCAGUGUUGAAGAUGAAGAGAACACAACCGAACACACUCCUACUCACCAUAUGUUACAACCGCCCCAAGCCGUCUUCCCAGCAUGCAUCUGUGCUGCAGUCCUGCCGAUAGUGCACCUCAUGGAGGACGGGGAGGUGCGAGAGGAUGGCGUGGCUGUGAGUGCUGUUGCCCAACAAAUCCUCUGGAACUGCCUGAUUGAAGAUCCGGCCCUGGUCCUCCGCCACUUCCUGGAGAAGCUAACAGUGAGCAACCGACAGGAUGAGCUGAUGUACAUGCUGAGGAAGCUAUUGCUCAACAUCGGAGAUCUGCCGGCCCAGACCUCUCAUAUCCUCUUCAACUACCUGGUGGGACUGAUCAUGUACUUUGUGCGGACUCCAUGUGAGUGGGGAAUGGAUGCCAUCUCGGCCACGCUGACCUUCCUGUGGGAGGUGGUUGGCUACGUGGAGGGGCUCUUCUUCAAGGACCUCAAGCAGACCAUGAAGAAGGAGCAGUGUGAGGUCAAACUGCUGGUCACUGCAUCCAUGCCAGGAACAAAAACGCUGGUGGUACAUGGGCAGAACGAAUGUGACAUCCCAACACAGCUUCCAGUCCAUGAAGACACUCAGUUUGAAGCCCUGCUCAAGGAGUGCCUGGAAUUCUUCAACAUUCCUGAAGCCAGAUCGGCACACUACUUCCUCAUGGACAAACGAUGGAACCUCAUCCAUUACAGCAAGACCUAUGUAAGAGACAUCUACCCCUUCCGGAGAUCAGUCUCUCCCCAGCUCAACUUGGUCCACAUGCUGCCCGAGAAAGGACAGGAGCUUAUCCAGAAACAGGUGUUUUCCCGUAAACUAGAGGAAGUUGGCCGGGUCCUCUUCCUCAUCUCCCUCACACAACGCAUCCCAGCUGCACACAAGCAAUCCCAUGUCUCCUUGCUGCAGGAAGACCUCCUCCGCUUGCCGUCCUUUCCACGAACCGCCAUUGAUGCAGAGUUUUCGCUGUUCACUGAGCAACAAGGUAAGGAGCUGUUUGGUAUGGACACCCUCCACAAGGUGCUGUGGAUCAAGCUGCUGGAGGAAAUGUUUCUGGGCAUGCCCAGUGAGUACCCAUGGGGCGACGAGAUGAUGCUGUUUCUCAACGUCUUCAACGGGGCUCUGCUUUUGCACCCGGAGGACAGCUCCCUCCUCAGGCAGUACACAGCCACCGCCAUCAACACCGCCGUUCACUUCAACCACCUCUUCUCCCUGAGCGGUUACCAGUGGAUCCUGCCGACCAUGCUACAGGUCUAUUCUGACUAUGAGAGUGACCCUUUACUGAGGCAGGGCAUCGAGUUCUGCUGCCGGCAGUUCUACAUCCUCCACCGCAAACCCUUCAUCCUGCAGCUGUUUGCCAGUGUGGCUCCGCUGCUGGAAUUCACAACCAGCACUAGUACUGGUCUGUCUAAAGGAGUGUCAGCCCAGUGUCUUUUUGACCUGCUGGUCUCGCUGGAGGGUGAGACCCAGGACGCCCUGGAUGCUCUGGAGCUGGUAAAGGCUGAGAAACCUCUGCGCUCUCUUGAUUUCUGUUAUGGUAAUGAGGACCUGACCUUUUCCAUUAGUGAGGCCAUCAAGCUGUGUGUCACUGUGGUUGCCUACGCUCCUGAAUCCUUUAGGAGUCUCCAGAUGCUGAUGGUGCUGGAGGCCCUGGUCCCCUGCCACCUGCAAAAGCUGAAGAGCAACACGAUUACAAUGGAGUCGGCCUCAGCUGCUAGGGAUGAGAUCGCAGCCAUCGCUGCUCUGGCCACAUCCCUGCAGGCCCUCCUCUACAGCUCAGAGUCCCUCACAAGGCCCAUGACAGCUCCCCAGAUGUCCCGCUGUGAUCAGGGCCAUAAGGGAGGCACUACAGCUAACCACGCCAUGUCAGGAGGGGUCAACACCAGGGACAACCUCCACCUGCUGGAGGAGGGCCAGGGCAUGCCGAGGGAGGAGCUGGACGAGCGCAUCGCCAGGGAGGAGUUCCGCCGGCCACGGGAGUCCCUGUUAAACAUCUGCACAGAGUUUUACAAACACUGUGGGCCGCGACUCAAAAUCCUGCAGAACGUCGCUGGUGAGCCACGGGUCACAGCCCUGGAGCUGCUGGACAUCAAGUCUCACAUGAGGCUGGCAGAGAUCGCCCACGCCCUGCUGAAGCUGGCGCCCUACGACACGCUGACCAUGGAGAGCCGAGGGCUGCGGCGCUACAUCAUGGAGAUGCUGCCCAUCACCGACUGGUCGUCAGAAGCCGUCCGCCCCGCCCUCAUCCUCAUCCUCAAGCGGCUGGACCGCAUGUUCAACAAAAUCCACAAGAUGCCUACCCUCAGGAGACAGGUGGAGUGGGAGGCGGCCAGCAGCCAUGAGGGGAUCUGCCUGACCCUGCAACGGCAGCCAAUCAUCUCUUUCCUUCCACACCUCCGCUCGCUGAUCAACGUCUGCGUCAACCUGGUGAUGGGUGUGGUUGGUCCCUCCAGUGUGGCAGAUGGGCUACCUCUUCUCCACCUCAGCCCCUACCUAUCCCCUCCGCUGCCCUUCAGCACAGCAGUGGUCCGACUGGUUGCCCUGCAGAUCCAGGCCUUGAAGGAGGACUUUCCGCUCAGCCAUGUGAUCUCACCUUUCACCAAUCAGGAGAGGCGCGAGGGGAUGCUGCUCAACCUACUCAUUCCCUUUGUGCUCACUGUUGGCUCUGGAAGCAAAGAUAGCCCCCACCUGGAGCCACCUGAGAUCUUCCUGCUUCUCCAGACGGUCAUCAAUAUCCUCCUGCCACCUCGGAUCAUCUCCACCUCCCGCACCAAGAACUUCAUGCUGGACGCUUCCCCAGCUCACUGCUCCACCCCGGGCGACACGGGGAAGGACCUGCGCAGGGAGGGAUUAGCAGAGUCCACCAGCCAGGCUGCUUAUCUGGCUCUGAAGGUGGUGUUGGUUUGCUUUGAGCGCUCGCUGGGAAACCAGUGGUACCGGCUGAGCCUGCAGGUGAAAGAGAUGGCUCUGAGAAAGGUGGGCGGCUUGGCCUUCUGGGACUUCAUUGACUUCAUUGUCCGGACCCGUAUCCCUAUCUUUGUCCUGCUGAGACCUUUCAUACAGUGCAAGUUGUUGACCCAGCCUGCUGAGUCCCAGGAGGAGAUUACAGCACGUCACCACAUCGCUGACCAGCUGGAGCGACGUUUCAUCCCGCGACCUCUCUGCAAGAGCUCCCUGUUUGCAGAGUUCAACAAUGAACUCAAGAUACUCAAGGAGGCUGUGCACAGCGGCUCUGCUUAUCAGGGCAAGACGUCCAUCAGCACGGUGGGCACCUCUACAUCAGCCUAUCGCCUCAGUUUGGCCACAAUGUCGCGCUCCAACACAGGCACCGGCACAGUCUGGGAGCAGGACAGCCAACCGUCACGCCAACCCUCCCAAGACACGCUCAGCCGCACCGAUGAGGACGAUGAAGAGAAUGACUCCAUGAGUAUCCCCAGUGUGGUGAGCGAGCACGAGGCGUUUUUGCCCAGGGUGAUGGCACAGCGUCGUUUCUCCAGCCACGCCACCGGCUCGGCAGCCUCGCAGCAAGAGGCCCCCCGCACCACCAUGCUGCCCAGCCACAGUGAACCCAAUGUGCUAGAUGAGUCCCAGGGCCUUCUGCAGGAGGGUAACCUCUCUAGGGUUGCCAGUGUCCAGAGUGAACCGGGCCAGCAGAACCUUCUUAUCCAGCCUCCGUUAGGAAGAAAGCGAGGCCUCAGACAGCUACGUCGCCCUCUGCUGUCCAUUCCAAAGAAUGAACCACGUGGUCGAUCUGGAGCGAGGCUUUCUACAACACGUAGGAGCAUCCAGCCCAAGAACAAGCCACUGGCGCAUGGAGACCAAAAGAGGUCAGUGACCUUUACAGAGAAUCAAAGCCAGCAGCCGUCUGCACCUCCCAGCGCUGUGGACCCUCCAGCUGAGGUCAGGAAGGCCAGUCCUGCCGUUUCAAAGUCCUCAACGCUGGAAGUGCCCUCUGCCUCCUCAGCCACAGUCACUGCCGACCUGCACGGCCCUGCUAACACACAGGUCCCUCCGGCCAUAAGCAGCAAGGAGAAGAGAGAGCAGUGGGGCCUCCGGAGCAACCUUUCCCCUCCCCCCUCCAUCUCACGCCCCUCCACCCCAACACCCCCAUCCCGAACCUGCUCCCCACUGCCCCUCUCCCGAACCUGCUCCCCUCUCACCUUGUCCCGCACCUCCUCUCCUCUCCCUCCACCGCUCCCGGUGCUGGGCUCGGCGCCGGCCCCGGGGCCCCCGCCACCACCGCCUCUGCCGCCAACCCCUCUCCUGCCUCCCCCACCACCUGCGCCACACAGGAUCAGAGAAAGUCCUGGGGACGAGGACACGACGGCACUCCUGCCUCGCAGUGACACCCUGCUGCAGCUCAGUGAGGAUGAUGGCACAGAGAACCCCCUCCUCACCCCGCUGCUGUCCCACCCUUCACCCCGCCGCUCACCCCGCCGGUUGCCCCUCCACCUCUCCCCCGUCGACCUGGACCUGGAUGAGUCCCACGUCUGAGAGGAUUGUAUUUUACUUUGUGUAGCCCAAGCCAAAUGCCAUAUAGAUACCUGCAGGGUACGGAUAACAGGGAGGCUGUGCGGCACAAACUUCAAAACAUUUAAGAGCAAGAGUGUACGCCGAUUGAGUGACAAUGCACAAAGUACAUAGUUUGAAAGGAAGGGAAUGUACAGGCAGAAGUGUGGGUGUUUUCCACGCUAACCCCCUGCCUCUUCAAGUGUGUCUGUAACCCACCGACUUGAUUUCUGUUCCAUCUGUAGCCCGCAAAAUCCUAAAAGCCAUUUCUGUUUUCCCCUCAGCCGGAGGGUUGAAUGUACAGCCUACUUUAGCAGCAGUCUACCUUAUUGCUUGUCUCUUUCAUCAUAGAAAACUGAAAUCAUGCUGGAUUUUUAAGUCGACCCGUGCUGGUCUAUUCUACCCCAAGAGCAAAGAUUUAUUUUUUAAUUAUAUUUUAUGACAUACAAAGUAUUAAUAAUGCUGGUAAAUAUUCAAAUGUUAAUAGAUCAGAAAUGGUUAAAUUAUUGAUAUUAACCAAUUAAAGCUUCAAAUACUGUCAAUUUAAAUAUUAAAGAUGUCUAUAUUUAGGAGAUCCAUAUAAAUUUAAAAAAGAAAUACUAUAGCUUGUACAGUUCAGGAAGUGCUGCAAAGGUUUUAAAGGUGUAUUAAGAGCCAUUCCAAAGCUAUAGGAGAAAUGAGCACCCUUUAUUAAAUGACAUAAAGUAAAUAUACAGUACAGUGUAUGUAUAUUAAAGAUUUUAUGUGAUUAUAUGUAACAGGAUCAAGAAAUUGAGAAGAGUUUUUCAGUGUGUUGAUUAUACUGUAAAAUGUCAACAGAACAAGUUAAGUAAAUUUGAAAUUUCAGUAGUAAAGGUUAAAGUUCGUUUAACCAUAAUUAAAGCUAACAUAAAAUAAAUUUAAUAGGUUAUUUUAUAAAUUUUUAAAUUGAAUCAUGAUGGGGGGCAGCUAAACCCCUACUAAAGCUAAAUAUCUUAGCAGAGUAGCAGUGACCAUCUCUAGCUUUUGUGCUGAACUUAUCUUUAAAUUGCAUAUCAAUUUAGUUAUUACACUGAUAUCAGUAUAAAUAUUUAUAGAGGACAAACAGACAGCAAAAGAGCUUUACAUAAUUCUUAAAGCUAUGAUCAAAAUAUAUUAAUAAGCAGGACCAAAACUUCUUUUUGGUUUGAAUGGGUUUUUUCCCCAAUAAAUCCUUGUUUUCUCAACAUAAAUGCCAGAAACUUUCAAACAGCAAAUCCACCAUUGACUUGUUCCGUGCAAUGCAAUCAUAAUGUCAAACAUAUCCCAUUUAUUCUACAGUGUACCUUGUUCUGCUCACAAGCAGAUUUUAUUUGUGACCAAAGACUGUAUCUUUACCUUGUGUUUCUGUGGUCUGAAAUAUCAAUUCUGAAAACCUAGAACAUUUACAAAAGACCCAGAAGACAUUUAGACAUUCAUUUUGUUCUGAUGUUGCAGUGCUGGUCACGUUGUUUUGGUUUUCGUGUCUGUGAUGUUGUCUUGCGCUCACUGACUGUGAUGAAGCGAUGCAGUAUAGAUGGCUGUUACCUCGUUGCUCAUUCCAUGCCUUAACAGAGGAAUAUCAACAUGUCUGUUUUAUAUGACCUCAUACCUCCAAAAUUUCCACGUUUAAGGAAACCAUACCGUUGCACGUUCCAGUAAUCAACAUAAUUAUUUAUUUUACCCUGCCUUCCCCUUCUGACAAUGAUAAUGUUAAAUCACAUAAUACAAGAUCGAUAUGUGCCAUAAUCCACACCAACGCACUGUGAGUGUUUUGUUAUUUGCUGCUUCUCUACUAUAUGUCAGUGUUGUAUAACAUUCUUUCUUUUUACUAUUAACACAAAUCAAUUAACACACAAUAACAGUAAUUGAAAUGGUAUUCCUAAUGAAAACGCAUGUAAAGUCCCUGUUUCUACUAAAUUUAAGACCCAAAAUGUGUGACAUUACCAUUGUGUCUGUAUUGCAGUCCUGUCCUGUCCUCUGAAUCCGUGUCAAGUCAAAAAAAUUUCAAAUAACAUAUCUAUCUUAAAUCCAUAAAACACACUAUACUGAUACAUCAAUGCCAUGUUCAUGGUUUUAAAGUCUUUAGAGAAGUACAAAGAAGUUUUUAGUGUCAGAGGGCCACUGAGCUGUUGAGUCUGAGUUCCCUUUAAAUGUAAUGUGUCUGUGUCAAAUUACGUGUUUGUGCAAAGUUAUAAUAAACUACAGUAUAUCAGAAUAUUUCUGGAAUAUCUAAAUAAAUAGAUAUUGUUUA